GUUCUUGUUCCUGUUCUGAUUCUUUUUCUUUUUCAAAAAAAAAAAAAAAUGGUUUUUGGAAUUAGGCUGCGGCUGUUUCUGGUAUUGGCUUGUGUUGUUUUGUUGUUUGGAGAUCAUGUGCACUCAUAUAACCGCCCACCGGCCAGAAAAAACAUCCAAGUAGAUCUCUCCGAUGAUCAUCAUUCUGAUUCUCCAGAACAGGUGCAUAUAUCUUUGGUCGGAGAUGACAAAAUGAGAGUAUCAUGGAUCACAGAGAGUUCAUCAUCUCUGGCAAAAGUAGACUAUGGUCUAUCUCCCGGGUCUUAUGGCUACACAGCAAGUGGAACCACUUCUUCAUACAAAUAUCUCUUGUACGAGUCCGGUGCCAUACGUGAUGUUGUCAUUGGUCCAUUGAAGCCAAGCACAGUCUACUACUAUCGCUGUGGCCCUAACUUGUCCCCGGAAUUCAGUUUCAAAACCCCACCCGCUCAGUUCCCCAUCAAAUUUGCAGUCGUUGGUGAUCUGGGACAGACCGAGUGGACUGCCUCAACCCUCCAGCACUUAGCCAAGUCAAAUUACGACAUCCUACUACUCCCCGGCGACCUAUCCUACGCCGAUCUCGACCAGCCAAUGUGGGACAAUUUCGGGCGGCUGGUGGAGCCGCUGGCCCGGCAGCGGCCGUGGAUGGUGACGCAGGGCAACCACGAGGUGGAGAAGAUCCCCCUUGUCCACAGCCAGCCCUUCACCGCCUACAACGCGCGGUGGCGGAUGCCCUUUGAGGAGAGCGGCUCCGACUCCAACCUCUACUACUCCUUCGACGCCGCGGGGGGUGGCGUCCACGUCGUCAUGCUCGGUUCCUACGCCGAUUUUGGCCGUGAUUCUGUGCAGUAUAAGUGGCUUAAGGAUGACCUGGGGAAGGUGGACCGAGGGAGGACUCCUUGGGUGGUGGUGGUCAUCCACGCGCCGUGGUACAACUCCAAUUCUGCUCAUCAGGGCGAGUCGGAGUCCGACGACAUGAAGGCGGCCAUGGAAGAACUCAUUUAUGGUGCUCGUGUUGAUGUCGUUUUGGCUGGUCACGUCCAUGCCUAUGAGCGCUUUACUCGCGUUUACAAUGACAAAGCUGACAAAUGCGGUCCUGUUCAUAUCACCAUUGGAGAUGGCGGCAACCGUGAAGGCCUUGCUAGCAAGUAUAUUGAUCCAAAACCGGAAAUAUCAUUAUUUAGAGAGGCUAGCUUUGGGCAUGGGCAACUAGAGGUGGUGAACGCAAGCCAUGCACAGUGGACAUGGCACAGGAAUCAAGAUGAUGAGGCCGUAGCAAGUGACUCCUUUUGGCUCACGAGUCUAUCCUCUGAUCCUGCUUGUAAAUUGUAAUUGAUAAACUCAAGCAAUCAAGAGGGAAAAAAAAAGUUUUUUUUCCCUUUUUUAAAUAAUUCUCCGUUAGCGUUUUUCUAUCUAGUUAUUAUAAAAAGAGAAGAUCAAGUUUCGGUAAUUUUAAACUGAAAAAUUCUAGGAAAUACUGGUUAAUUAAAUGACAAAUUUCAA